GACAAGUCGCUCUCUCAGUCACGCGCGCGCUCGCGAGUCGGCAGGAAGUUGUCGAGAUUUGGAAAGGCUGAAGGAGAACACGGGAGGAGGAACGAGCAACAACGACGCGGUUUGUUUUAUGUUUUCGGGAAAGUUUCGGGAGUUCCUACGAGGUGUUUAGGAUUCGGAAAGCGGUUCCGCGGACUCAUAAGCGCUCGGAGGCGGAAUAUGGACUGAAUGGUGGCCGAAAAACCCCGAUGGAGGCGGCGAGAAGUUUUCGGUUCGUCCUGCUGCUCUGGCUUUGGGGAAGGACGGGAGUCGCGGCGAGAGAAGUAUGUCUGGGCACGGAUAUGAAGCUGGCAUUGCCCUCCAGUCUGGAGAACCAUUACGAGAUGCUACGACUCCUUUACACCGACUGCCAGGUCGUCUACGGCAACCUGGAGAUCACACACUUAGAAGGGACACCCGAUCUUUCCUUCCUCAAGGGAAUAGUGGAGGUCCAGGGGUAUGUGCUGAUAGCCCACAUCUCCGUGACGAUUGUUCCCCUUGAGAACCUGCGCAUCAUCCGAGGCAGUCAGCUUUACAACUCAAGCUACGCGCUCGCUGUUCUGGACAACGACGGAGUCACACAGCUGUGGUUCAGGAGCCUUACGGAGAUUUUACUGGGCGAUGUUUACAUCUGGGGAAACCCCAAGCUGUGUUUCCCCAACCCCAAGUCAAUCACCUGGCAGGACAUCAUGGCCGACCAGAAUCUAGACGGAAAACUGCAGCACCUUCAACCCUCAGCAUCGCACUGUCAAGCAUGUCAAUCAUGUGAGUCCAGAGGCUGCUGGGGCCCUGCUCAAUCAGACUGCCAAACACUGACCAACGUGCGCUGCACCUCAGGCUGUAAGCGCUGUAAAGGUCCCGCCGCGAGCGACUGUUGCCACGUGCAGUGUGCUGCAGGCUGCACCGGCCCCAAAGACUCCGACUGUCUGGCUUGUCGGCACUUUAACGACAGUGGCACAUGCAAAGACAACUGCCCUUCUGCCUCCAUCUACGACCAGUUGGCAUUCCAGUCCAAACCAAACCCCAACAAGAAGUUCAACUUCGGUGCCACCUGUGUGAAAACAUGUCCCAAUAACUAUUUGGCCAUGGCUGUAGCUUGCACAUCGUUUUGCCCCAUAGCAAAUCAGGAGGUCACCGUUGUCCAACCCGAUGGCCAAGAGACACAGAAAUGCGAGAAGUGUGAAGGAGAAUGUCCGAAAGUGUGUUACGGUCUCGGGAUGGGGAACCUCCAGGGCAUCCAAGCUGUAACCUCCUCCAACAUCCCUUCGUUCCAGGGCUGUAAGAAGAUCUAUGGCAGCCUGGCCUUCCUUACACACUCAUUUCAAUGGGACCCGCAGAGUAAUUCAUCCGGUCUGCAGCCGAGUGACCUUGAGGUGUUCCGCACUUUAGAGGAGAUCACAGGUUACCUGUACAUCGACGCAUGGCCAGAGCGCCUAAGCGACCUGAGCGUGUUUGAAAACCUGAAGGUCAUCAGAGGACGAAUGCUUUACAAGGGUGUGUUUUCCCUGGGAGUGCAGUCUCUCCAAAUCGAGUCUCUCGGCCUGCGUUCGCUGCGUCGCGUCAGCGGCGGCCUCGUGCUCGUCUACAACAACUCCAAGCUGUGUUACACCUCAUCCCUUCCCUGGGCAGCUCUGCUCUACUCGAGUCCAGAGCUCAACCUCAUCAGCAACAACAACCGAGACCCCGAAACCUGCGUGGCGGAGGGUCACGCGUGUGACACGCUGUGUGACGGAAGCUGCUGGGGUCCCGGGCCGAGACAGUGCGUGUCGUGUAAGUCGUUUCAACGCGGCAUUGAGUGUGUGGAGCAGUGCAACAUCCAGCACGGUGCCAUAAGAGAGUUCAUCGACGGAUCCUCUUGCAUUUCCUGUCAUUCGGAAUGUCGGAUAAUCAACGGCUCCGCCUCCUGCAGCGGCCCAGGAGCGACCAAUUGUGUUGGGUGCAUGCACUUCCAGGACGGCGACACGUGUGUGGAGCGCUGUCCUAGCGGCGUGAAGGAGGAACAGCACACCGUGUGGAAAUACGCGAACGAGAGUGGACACUGCAUUCCCUGCGCCACCAGCUGCAACGUCUCCUGUACGAUGGACGAUCGAGGAUGUCCAGUUCCACAGAAAACUGGGCUCGGGACGACGAUAGCGGCGAUCGGCGGAGUGGUCCUCUUCCUCAUCCUGCUGGCUCUGCUCAUCUUCUACCUGUGCCGGCAAAAGAAGCUGAAGAAGAAGGAGACUAUCAGGAGACAGCGGCAGGAACACGAGCUGGUGGAGCCGCUGACACCGAGUGGGGUGCAACCCAAUCAGGCUCAGAUGCGCAUCCUGAAGGAAACGGAGCUGAAAAAGCUGCGCGUCCUCGGAUCCGGCGCAUUCGGGACCGUCUACAAGGGCAUCUGGACCCCGGAUGAAGAAACCAUGAAGAUCCCGGUGGCCAUCAAAGUGUUGCGCGAGAACACGUCCCCUAAAGCCAACAAGGAAAUUCUGGAUGAGGCGUACGUGAUGGCAGGCGUGGUCAGUCCAUACGUGUGCCGCCUGCUGGGAAUCUGUCUGACUUCCACGGUGCAGCUGGUCACUCAGCUCAUGCCGUACGGCUGCCUGCUCGAUUACGUGCGGGAGAACAAGGACCGCAUCGGAUCCCAGUACCUCCUCAACUGGUGUGUGCAGAUCGCUAAGGGAAUGAGUUACCUGGAGGAGGCCCGACUGGUCCACAGAGAUCUGGCAGCCCGGAACGUUUUGGUGAGAAACCCCAACCACGUGAAGAUCACAGAUUUCGGCCUGGCGCGCCUCCUGGACAUCGACGAAACCGAGUACCAUGCGGACGGCGGAAAGGUGCCCAUCAAGUGGAUGGCUUUGGAGUCAAUCCUUCACAGGAGGUUCACACACCAGAGCGAUGUUUGGAGUUAUGGAGUGACUGUGUGGGAGUUGAUGACCUUCGGCAUGAAGCCGUACGAUCUCAUCCCGGCACGGGACAUUCCUGACCUGCUGGAGCGAGGAGAGCGUCUUCCCCAGCCUUUCAUCUGCACCGUUGACGUCUACAUGAUCAUGGUGAAAUGCUGGAAGAUUGAUCCCGAGUGCCGGCCCAGGUUCAAGGAGCUUGUGAACAAUUUUAGUGCAAUGGCACGAGAUCCUCCACGCUACGUCGUCAUUCCGAAUGACGAGCAGAUGAGCCUGACGAGUCUGGUGGACAGCCAGUUUUACCGCACGCUGCUCGAAGAAGAAGGAGGGAACGUGAAGGAACUCCUGGACGCCGAGGAGUAUUUGGUGCCGCAACCCGGAUUUUUUGAGAACCAGGCCAACGGAAUGACGAGACAUCACUCGCACAAGAGCACAGAUCAGGGACUGGAGAUGGAUGGCAUGGCGAAUGGCCGGAGCACGUACACGUCGGUCAGCACCCUGGGGCGGAGCCUAUACCCAACACUUCCUGUCGGCGCUACGGCCAACGGAAACUGGGGCGGCUCUCAGUACCGUUCGCUGGCUCGAAGCCAGUCCUAUUGCUCAGCUGGCGGCCAAUCAGACUCCGUGUUUCUGGACGGGGGCAGAGAUGAGCCUCCAUCCAGUCCUGGACGCUACAGUAAAGACCCUACUUUCCCUGGGUGCAUGGACGGAGACAUGGAAGUGGACGGGCCGAUGCAUUACCCGUCACACUCGUUGCCACGCAAAACACACACGCAACCCGAGUACGUGAAUCAGAAUGUCCAAUCGGAGCGGGCGAAUACGCUGCCGCGUAAAUCCACAGAAAGGCGUUUACCCAACGGCCUCAGCGCAGGCCACAGCGUGGAGAACCCCGAGUACCUGGUGCCAACAUCUCCCGCUUUCGACAACCCGUAUUACUUGGAUCUCGUAGCUAAAGUGCCGGGCGGGGCAUCAGCGGGCGGAGUCACAUCACCUCCCAGGCCGAUCAACGGCUAUGUGACGCCUACAGCGGAAAACCCGGAGUACCUGGGAUUGGCUGAAACCUGGAGCGGGCAGAGAGAGCGCACCUGAGAUGGAGUUUAGGGGGGUGAGGGGGUCAGGGAUGAGCGAGUAAGUGCGUCCGUAUGCCAUGUGGCUGUCGGAUCGCUUUAAAAAAAGGCAUCUUGAAUUAAAUUAAUCACAAUUUUUGUGUGGACACACUUGUAGGCAGUCGGAUGGCCAUAACGGUGCCACUCUCAAUUCGAAAAUAAUCGUUUAUUAAUUAAUAGUCAUGUCGGAGUAUUUUUGCCGAAAGUGGCAAAUCUUACGAGAGUCCUAAUACAUCUGAAGCAGUGAAUAGGAUGCAUGGACGAAUUCCUGGACAGUUUUCUGCGACGGACGCCAACAUACCGAAACCCCUCUCCAAUUCUCUCGUAAUCCAAUAUAGCAUCCGCUGUGUGGACAUCGUUUCUUUUUUUUUCUUUUUCACCCGUUACAUCAGCGACCAAUCGAAACAUUAAUCAAUGCAAGACGUCCACGGGGAAACCGGACAAUCCAAUGAAUGGAUUAUGCAAUUUUUUUAGUACGAGCCAACGGGAACUUCUUUCUUUUAAGACAAAACAAAUAAAGCACGUGAGAAUGUACGACCCGAA